AGGAAGAGGAAGCAGCCAGAGGAAGUCAGCUGUCUUCCUGUCUCUGACAUCCGCGUCAAAGACACAUAAAAAAACACACAAAAAAGGCCAAAUUAAAGCUUAAAACCGCCUCCCUCUUCAGAUUCAGAGUCGGACAUUUAAAUAGCAUCAGCCAUGUCGAAGAACACAGUGUCCGCCCGUUUCAGGCGAGUGGACGUGGAUGAGUACGACGAGAACAAAUUUGUGGACGAGGAGGACGGCGGAGAAAAUCAGUUGGGUCCUGACGAGGCAGAGGUGGAUUCCUUCAUCAGACAAGGGAAUCUCAUAGAGGCGUUACAUGCAGUCCUGAAGAACCCACCAAUCAACACAAAGAAUCAGAACGUCAAGGAUCGAGCUGAGGGUCUAGUGCUGAAGGUGCUCAGUGCCUUCAAGAGCAGCGACAUCGAGAAAGCGGUGCAGUCGCUCGACAAGAACGGGGUAGACCUGCUGAUGAAAUACAUCUACAAAGGGUUUGAGAGACCCUCAGAAAACAGCAGCGCAGUCCUGCUGCAGUGGCACGAAAAGGCUCUGACUGCUGGAGGUGUGGGCAGCAUCGUCAGGGUACUAACGGCGAGAAAAACGGUCUAAAAGCAGAGCGUAGAGGCAUGUCACAUCACUGACACGCUGCACUGUUCCUCUACCAGAAGGCAUUGAAGCUGAAAGGAAAACCAGAUUAUUGUUCUUUUUACCCACUGAGAUGCUGAUUUACUUGAGGCAAAAAUGUAGGACUUGAAAUGUGGGUCAGAGUGGGUUUGAAAGCUGAUUUUCUUUUUUUCCUUCUUUUUCAAUCAUCACAGCCUAAAGUCCUCACAGGGUGCUAAAAAUACCUUCCUACUACAUCUAUGUGCUGAUCCCUUUCCACCAGUGAUGCCCAACUCUGAGAUCAGUGUUCGUAAAAAGCAGGGUACCUCUGCAUUUUAGCAGAAACGCUGGUGGAACUUCAAUAAUCAAACCUUUUCUGUUCGUAUUUGUUCUGCGUUAUGUUGUUUUAGCUUCACUUCCGGGUGAAUAAAAGCAGUAAAUCCUCUGAGGGUAACACUCGAGCCGUGGGCGUCUGUAGAAAAGCACAGUUUCAGAUGGGAGGUGAUAAUAUGAGCCACGGGGGGUCAGCAUUCACCCUGGGGGGCUGCUGGGAGAGGAUUAAUACCCACGAUGCAUCUCAUGAUAAUCCCACUUUGCAGUUUUCUCACAUCCAUAUGCUCCCCUCUGCUACUGAACAGGGCAUUGUGUGGCUAAACGGUACUGUUUACAGGAGACGCGUUUUCAGGAAACUACGUCCCAAUGAGAAUAUGUGAUUAUAUUUUAAGAUUAAUUUAACCUUAAAAAAAAUCAGCAUUAUUCUUUACUUAGUAAUUUUCCUCAUAUCCCCACUAAAUUGAAAUAAAAAAUAAACAGUUUUCCACAGAAAGUUUUUCUGUUGCAGAUUAGAUUUUUGUUUUGCCGUAUAUCUAGAGGGGAUUUAAUUGAGAUGUUUAUAUUGUCUGCAUGAUCCCAUUUUUGAAAUUUAAAAUUAUACAUUUCAUACCUGUCUUUUCUACAUAUUUUGCCACAAAUAUAAGUUUCUUUUUUGUAUUAAGUUUCAAGUUAAUUUCCUGCUUUAUGUGCUUUAAACAUCCUCUUCACUGUAGAUUCUUUAACAACCACAAAGUAACAAGACUAAAGUACAUUUUAUAAGAUGUUUUGUCUGCCUUAUAGGGUAGACUAUCUGUUGCCAAAUCCUUUGUUUUUCUUUAAUCUGAAUUAAGUAGCCUAUUUAGGUGGCUAUUAGCUGAGCUUGUGUAUCAGAUGCAAGGUCUGUUGUGGUUCAACAUGUUGCAGUUUUGAGAAAAGUAUCAUCAGUGAGUAAACACUCAGUGAAGUUUACUUACUUUAUCCAGUAUUUUACUCUCUGGUUGCUAUUUGAAUAUGGAUUAUGUUUUCAUUUAGUAACCAAUUAUGAUGCAUCCAAACAUUAGAUACAGUUUCCAAUGCAGUAAUAAGACUUGACGUGAAGCCAGAGAUGUCUGAUGAUUUCCUCUGCUUCAUGUAGUUCUUCUGUGAUGCUCUUCAAGCCUGGAGGUGAGAAGACAAGGAACAGAGCAAACCUAUGUGCUAACUGCCUUACUCAAAUGUUUCUUUUUUAUGUCUGUGCUUUUUUUGGAACAAAAAUAAAAAGUAUGACUGCUGAUCA